AUGGCGAAAGCAUCAGUUUCUUGCCUGAUAAAAGAAAACGCAACUGAACAAAACAGCUGUGAGUUUGGCUCCAUGAAAUACUAUGCCUUUUGUGGUUUAGGUGGUAUUUUAAGCUGUGGUAUAACACAUACGGCUGUUGUACCGCUUGAUUUGGUUAAAUGUCGAAUGCAGGUGGAUCCAGCAAAGUAUAAGAAUAUCAUAAAUGGUUUUAAAGUAACCUUAGCUGAAGAUGGAGUUCGAGGAUUAGGCAAAGGUUGGGCUCCAACCUUCAUUGGCUAUUCUAUGCAAGGUCUUUUCAAAUUUGGUUUCUAUGAAGUUUUCAAAACUUUAUAUAGUGAACUUUUAGGAGAGGAAAAAACAUACUUGUAUAGAACAUCGCUAUACCUGGCAGCUUCGGCCAGUGCCGAAUUUUUUGCUGACAUCGCCUUGUGUCCAAUGGAAGCUGUUAAAGUACGUAUUCAAACCCAACCUGGCUGGGCAACUACACUACGCCAAGGCUUACCUAAAAUAAUGAACGAGGAAGGUUUGCGAGGACUUUACAAAGGUCUUCCUCCACUUUGGAUGAGGCAAAUACCUUACACUAUGAUGAAGUUCGCUGCUUUUGAACGCACAGUAGAAUUUUUAUACAAACACGUUGUACCUAAGCCCAGGAACCAGUGUUCGAAACCUGAACAAUUGGUAAUUACUUUUGCUGCUGGUUACAUUGCUGGAGUUUUCUGUGCAAUUGUUUCCCAUCCUGCCGACUCUGUAGUUUCAAAAUUGAAUAAUGAUAAAGGAAGUACUGCUGUACAAGCUGCUAAGUCUUUAGGAUGGAAUGGCUUAUGGAAGGGAUUAUUUGCUCGUAUUAUCAUGAUUGGUACGUUAACAGGACUGCAGUGGUUUAUCUAUGAUACUGUAAAGGUUAUUUUCCGUUUACCACGCCCACCACCGCCCGAAAUGCCCGAAAGCCUGAAACGUAAAUUAGAGGCCAAUGAAAGUCAUUAG